CUGCCUCUUUCGAAACGGCACAUUGGCCUUGUUACUUUCUUCCCCUCUCUGCUAAUGUGUGCACUCUUGUGCCAGCAUGACCUCCCUGCCGGAUGGGGGUGCCUGUGUGGAUUUAUAAGGACUGGCCUUCUCUUUAGGUCUCGAGAUUUUCUAUCUGCCAAAGAAGACAGAGGCGGAGAGAUCCCCAAGUAGACGCUAGGAAGGAGGAAGUGUGUGUGAGAUCAUAGCUUAUCGGACAACAAACUUUCAGAGAUGGAACGGACUGAACGUGUGAGAGAAAUUUGGCUUGCCUGGGCAGACCCUGGGCAUCCAACUCUGGUACGGAGGCAACCUGUCGGUAAUAACUGUCUGCCCUGUUUAGACAUCAGAGCAAACUGUUCUUGGCACAAGCCACAAAGUUGGGGGAGGAUGUUGGCACAUAUAAGAUGGAAGGCUGAGGAUGUGCACAAGGUGCAGCCCAGGUGGCCACUGAGUUCAGAGACCUUUGAAGUGAAACAAAAGAGGCCUACGAGCAAGAGAGUCCCUUCCUGCUUGCAACACACGUAUGAGGGUGGCAGGCUGGACAAGGUGCUCCGAGGCUGCAGGAACACACAGCUUGAACUGCAGUCGGGUUUUGUGGCAACAGGGACUGAAUUGGAACAAAUUGCAGGCCCUCUGGAAGUGGCUGCCUUCAUGAAUGACGGUCCUGCAGGUUCAAGGUGAAUAACACCAACGGUGGAAGGGGACCUUCAGCUCAAGAUAUCUGGUCACUUCUUUGAGUUGGUGCAUGAAAUCAAGCCUUGCCUCUCUUCAGCAUUACCUUGGCCCACCACUUCCAAAGAUGCUUCCGGAUGGAGGGUUUUCCAGUUCUUUGGUCUUAAAACACCAUAUGGCUUGCCCUGUGCCGGCGGCGUGCUAUGUGGUGCUAGCCGCGGUGGUGGUAGUUUAUGCUCAGAGACACAGCCAGCAGGAAUCUCACAUUCGCUAUGCGCAGUUGGGGACCGAUGUGACGAUAUCAUGUGGGUCCAUAGACCAGGACGCGACAGUCACUUGGGCGGCCAACAGUACCGACCUAGAUGCAUCCCAUCUCAAUGGUUCACGCCUUGUCCUUCGGAAUGUGGACCUCUCCCACAGUGGCCAGUACUCCUGCUACGAGGGAUCUUCCUGGCACCUCAAGUAUCAAGUCAUCCUCAAAGUGGGAACACCACCGAAAGAACCCAUCCUGAUGUGCCGGUCCAAUAAUUACCCCAGCGGCUUCUACUGCAGUUGGCAUCUGCCCAGCCCAACCUACAUUCCAGACAUCUUUAACAUCACCGUCAUGCACGACUCCAAGGAGAUUGUUUGUGAGAAGGACGUAUCCCUCAAGAACAAAUGCUACAUCCGGUACCUUCAUCUCUUCUCCAGCAAGAAAUACAGGGUGACUUUGACGGUCACGAACGCCCUGGGCAUCAGCUCCACCUCCAUCUCCUUUGAUGAAUUUGCGAUAGUAAAGCCGGACCCUCCGGAGAACGUCGUCGCUAAGCCAAUCCCCAACAAUGCCCGGAGGCUGCUGGUGACGUGGCAGUAUCCUUCCUCGUGGCCCGAUCCAGAGUCCUUCCCCCUGAAGUUCUUCCUGAGGUACCGGCCACUCAUCAUUGACCAAUGGCAACACGUGGAGCUGUCAGAUGGGACGACCCACAUCAUCACAGAUGCUUAUGCCGGCAAAGAGUACAUCAUCCAGGUUGCGGCCAAGGACAAUGAGAUCGGCACGUGGAGCGACUGGAGUGUGGCCGUGCAUGCCACGCCCUGGACGGAGGAACCGAAACAUCUCACCACUGAAGCCCAGGGAGCAGAGACGACAACCGCAAGCACCUCGGCAUUCGUGGUACCCACCACCACCAGCAUCCGUGGCUCAGAGGAGCAGAGCAGUGAUGGCGCCGGAGCACCGUCCUGGGUGGCUGGUCUGGUGCUGCUGGCAUUCGGCAUUCACUUUAUUUAACUCAGCCCCGCAGCCCCGCUGAGGAGGUCACCGACUCACCGGAACGUCUGUCUUUCCUUCUGUUUUGCACAUGGUCUGAAGGAUGUGUCACUUCUCUUCAUCGCUGCACUCGCUGGAAGGCUGAGUCCUGGAGAUCCAGAGCGCCCCCCCCCCCCCGGUGGCUCUCUGCCUGCCAGCCAACCUGCAGCCUUGCUGGCACUGAAUGGCCGAAUGCCUGAGGACCCCUUGAAAAGGACAGAGGAACUCUCCUCACCCAAAACAGAAAGGCAUGAAUGUGGGGUGGGAUUGGCCGGGGGGGGCGGGGGGGCCCAGACCUGCUCUGUGAAGUGGCAAGGGAGGGAGGAGCGGAAUGGGGCCUCAGCCCUCCUGGCCUCGGUCCGGAUCAUACAGCUAAACCACCAUGCCAAAGAUGCUCUGCUGGGCCAGCUUGACACCCACCACACUUGGCAACUGAAAGGGGGGGGCGCGAGCCUGGCACGGAGGGGGAGUCGCGCAGCCCUCCUGACAGCUGCGAGAGAAUGAACGGUUGAGUCCUCAGCCAGGCAAAACAAGGAGAAGGGCCAGGGGGGCGGCUCUGAUGGGUCACUGUCCUCCCCACCCACCACAGGAAAAGCAAAAGCAAACCUCUGGGAGCCACAAGACUUGUGGACACCAAGACUGAUGGUGGGGAGGGGGAAGGGGUGUUGGUUUUUACAAGAAACAAUUUGUACCUGUCGCACCUGAGUUCUCGCCUCCCCAACUGAAGCAGGGGGGGGAGUUGCUCCUGGACCACACACGACCCCCCCCCUCCGUUUGUAGCUGUGUGUCCAUUCUGUUUAUACAGAGAAACAUUUCGGUUUGUGUAUCUUAUUAUUGGGGCGUGGGAUGUAUACCUAAUGGAGCUGUAGCCAAACUGAGAUGUCCGCCCCCCCCCCCAAAAAAACACCCCUCUGUUCCUCUCCCCCCUCCCAAAGUCCUGUUUUGUAAUGAUCCUGGUCUCCAUUCCCCUUUUCCUCCGCCCCACCCCAAAUUCCAUCUCUCCCCCCCCCCCAAUCUCUCUGGUUCAAAGGGCAGUAUUUAAUACCGUGCGUCCUAUUAUUCCAAAUGAUAAAAUGCUGUAUUUGAACUUUUUAUAGAUGUAUAUAGAAAAAUUUUAAAACCACACAAACACACACACUUCUCUGAAGAAGAAAAACCACACACACACACACGCAGGAGAGAGGUUGUUCAUUAAAUGUGACCAUUUCAUUAUGA